CAAAGUGUGAUUAAUAUGUAACCAAAUUACAAAAGUAUGAUCAGUUUGUAACCCAAUUACAAAAACUAUGACCAUUUUGUAAAUGGCCCAAAAAAAACAAUUCAUCAGGGAAAAGGCGAACGAGAGAGAGGAAAAGAGUAUCAAGAGAGUUUCAAGUUAGAAAGAAGAAAAAGGAGAAGGUAUUCCCAAUAAUGGCAACCAAAUAUGUUGAUAAAUUACAGAUCCGUUUACCUAAGGAAUAUACACCUUGGUAUCCGGAUCAGUUGAUUCAAAAUAAGUAUAAUGGGAUUGAGACGGAAGUCGAUCCUAACAUGCCUCCACCUUGGUGUUAUGUCAAUGCUAUGAGAAACAGACAAGGUAUACCUAAAUAUGAAAUACAACGAGUGUCGAAAGAGCCAAUUGGACAAAGAGUUAUUAUGGUACCUGCUGGUGAUGAAGAGAUGGGGAACUGGUCAAACGAGCAGAAGAAGAAGGAUCUCAAUGAUGAGGCUGAGGUAGCAUCACAUACAUCAGGGCUACUUCUAGAGCAGCGGCAGGAGUAGCUGAUACAAAAGCAGUCAAAGAAGCCCCCUUUAUGAGUGUGUGCAUUUAGGGAGAUGUUUGAAGUGUUCAUUAGUGGCAAACAUAUAACAUUAGAUAGAUCUGGCAAGCAAAUGUUGAAGCCUCUCGCUGAUAUGUUUGUAUUUCUAGGUAUUCGUACUAAAGAGGCUACCACCUCUAAGUUGUAUCUAUCCGACUGAUGAAUUAUAAAGUCUAAGCAGCCAUUUUUGUUAAGUUUAAAACAAGAACAAAUCAUGUGUGAUAAUGGUUCUAUCAAAUAUGUCAUUACAUGUUCCGAUUGUUAUUGGUACCCCUUUAUUAUUUACACUGCAA